AUCUUCCAUCUCUUCAUACACAACAUCCAUACACACCACCAACGGUCUCCCACAUUGAUCGUAUUCUUCAGCGUUUCCGUGCUUGGGUUUCUUUUUUUUCUUCCUUAGAGCUAUUUAUAAAGUUUGCUCAUAGAACUACGAUUUAUGGAACCUAAUGCCGCUAAUCAGAACAGAACAGUGGCAGAAUGCCUUCUCAAUUUAUUGGAGAACUACGAACAUUAUGGAGGGUGCAACGCAUACUCAAUGUUGGCACUUAGGGCGGAAUUCGCGGUCUAUAUUCCGUUCACGCACCCUGAGUUCCAUCGACAUUUUUCAGCCUUUGCUAUACAAGCAGUGGAGAUCGACAGACGCCAUAAUAGGUGGUGCUAUCCCAUCGGAGGGCCUGCGCCUCCCCAAGACAUUCCUAUCGAAAACCAAGUCCCUUACAUCUUCCCACCUCUCCCUCCACAAACCCCUCAUAUGGGUAACACGCCUCAACUUGAGAAUCGACAAGGUCAACAACAACAACAAGAACAACAAGACCAGUUCUGACAACAACAACAACCAGGUAGAGGUUUUAACAACCAAGACGCGCAACAGCAGGAGGGUAGAUAUCCCCAACCACCUGAACAACGCGAAGAUAGAGAUGACGAAGAUAGAAGCAAAAGCAGAUCAAAGAAG